AUGUCUGACCCCAGAGCCUGGCGCUGGCUGAGCUCCGGGUGCCCGCCGCUGCCGCCGCGCCAGGGCGCACCCGCUGCCUGGCAGUCGCACGGUCCCCGCCGCGCCGGGGACUCCCGGGCCUGGAGAAGGAGGCCGCCUGGGGCGACGCGCCACCUCCGCCUGGGGAAGCUUUGAUGAGACCGGCUUCCACCCUCUGCCACCGCUGCUGUGGAGCAGACGGGAAAGCGCACGGGGCCCGGGACAGGGCGCAGGGGCCAAGAGCGUGACAACGAUGUGACUCCGCUGCCGGGGACCCGAGAGCUUUGUGUGGACCCCGAGUUCCACCAGGUGAGAAGAGUGAUGACCAUCCUUUUCCUUACUAUGGUUAUUUCAUACUUCGGUUGCAUGAAGGCUGCGCCCAUGAAAGAAGCAAACGUCCAUGGACAAGGCGGCUUGGCCUACCCAGGUGUGCGGACCCAUGGGACUCUGGAGAGCGUGAAUGGGCCCAGGGCAGGUUCGAGAGGUCUGACGACAUCACUGGCUGACACUUUUGAACAUGUGAUCGAAGAGCUGCUGGACGAGGACCAGAAGGUUCGGCCCAACGAAGAAAACCAUAAGGACGCGGACUUGUACACUUCCCGGGUGAUGCUCAGCAGUCAAGUGCCUUUGGAGCCUCCUCUGCUCUUUCUGCUGGAGGAAUACAAAAAUUACCUGGAUGCUGCAAACAUGUCUAUGAGAGUCCGGCGCCACUCUGACCCAGCCCGCCGUGGGGAGCUGAGCGUGUGUGACAGUAUUAGUGAGUGGGUCACAGCGGCCGAUAAAAAGACUGCAGUGGACAUGUCAGGUGGCACGGUCACAGUCCUGGAGAAAGUCCCGGUAUCAAAAGGCCAACUGAAGCAAUAUUUCUACGAAACCAAGUGUAAUCCCAUGGGUUACACGAAGGAAGGCUGCAGGGGUAUAGACAAAAGGCACUGGAACUCGCAAUGCCGAACUACUCAGUCGUAUGUUCGGGCGCUUACUAUGGAUAGCAAAAAGAGAAUUGGCUGGCGAUUCAUAAGGAUAGACACUUCCUGUGUAUGUACACUGACCAUUAAAAGGGGAAGAUAGUGGA